GUGUAGAUUAAAUUAAAUCUCAUUUUUUCAGAAACAUACUCGAUCAUUAGAAAGAAAAGAAGAAGCCAAGAAUGAAAUUCUCUUCGUACUUACUGAUAUUCUUUAUCUUUCUCUUUCUGUUCCAAAGCACCAACAGUUCUAAUCUUAUCUCUCAAUCUUGCAAGGAGGCAUCCAAGAAUGAUCCAAAUUUGAAGUAUGAUUUCUGUGUUGCAUCCCUUGAAGAUGCUUCCUCCAAUUUGAAACCACCACCCACCACUCUCGAAGGUCUUGUGGACAUGUCAAUUCAACUCACCAAGUCUAACGGAACAAACAUGGUUUCCAUCAUUUCAAAGCUCUUGAAGGAUAAAGAUUUUGAUCAAUACGCAAAGGCUUGCUUACGAGAUUGCUUUGAUCUUUAUUCGGAUUCCCUUUCGGAUUUAGAUGAUGCUGUUGCUGCUUUCAAGCGCAAGGAUUUGGACACUGCUGCUAUAAAGUUGAGUGCUUCUUUGGAUACGUCUGAUACAUGUGAAGAUCAAUUCAAGGAAAAGAAGGGUGAAACGUCUCCUUUGACAAAGGAAAAUCAAGUCUACUUUGAACUCAAUGUAAUAUCUCUGGCCUUCCUCCAAAUGUUUCGUCAACAUUAUUGACAAAACUUAAUUAACCAUGUCAUAUACAAUUAUACAUUAAUAUUACGAGCUUUGUAUAAGCCUGAUAUAGUUUGUGCAAAAUUCUCUAUCUGUCAUGGAGUAUAGAGACUGAAAUUAUGUCCUUCGUAUGGCACAAAUGCUGUGUGAACCAAUAAAGUUCUUGGUCUCAUUUUACCCUAAAAUGUCAUUUUAUUGGUUGUCUC